AUGCCACGAGAGCAAGUCAAGAAACUAUUACACCGUUUCUACGAGCCCUUGGUGCUGCUUCACGUUCUCGACCCAACCCAAGGUGAUCAUGUGCGGGAAGAAGCCGACAGACUGCCACUGGAUAUCACAUCCUCGAAAGAGCUGCGUCGCCGCCUUGUCAGCGCUCUGGCUUAUAUCUGUGAUUUCGAAAAGGGUGGAGACAGCUUUACUGCGAUAUUUAUCAUCCAAAGUCCACUGACAUACUACAUUGCUUGCAAUGAGGGUCCGCGUCCAAAAACACUAUCUUUCUUCCGAAACACCCUCGACCAUUUCGAGAAAGUCUACGAUCUGGAUGAAGGGCAACGAGCCAGAGCCAAAGGGAAGAUCUUGACCGAAAGUGUCAAAUUCAGCAGCAAGCGCCUUAAGGCGUAUUGGAGCUUUCUCCGGAACGUCCUAGUACGAUGCGAGGAAAUUCUGAAGGACGAACCUGAGAGCAAAGUUUUCUCUGCUUUGAAACAAGGGUUGAUCGACUCCAGUCCGAAUUUGUUGACUCUAUGCCAUCAUUGCUACGGGCUGUUGAAAUCUGCAGAAUUCAAUUUCGUACGGGAGAGAGCCAACCUCGCCGAUACUCAGAACAACAAGCGAAACCUCUUUGCGGAAGUCAAGCAUUUUGUGGGUCGUCUAGCCUUUCACGUCAAAACGAUCGAUGUCCUCAUGGUUGCGGCCGUAAGGCUGCCGAGUCUCUUUCAGGAUCCUGAGAUUGAGCCUGUGAAAGGCCCCCCUGAGCAGAUACAGGCCCCUGCACUUCGCCAACAGACACGUCUCGGUGGCAUUGUCAACCGUAUGGUCAAACCUGGGAACCGAGAGAUGCUGGCCGAACUGAACGACCGCCUCGCAGACUUGGAUCGCACAUUCCAGGUCGAAGACUUGGUCAGGAGGACGUACGAAAGGAAAGGUAUAGAGCCUCGAGUUCAUGCCGAACUCAUACUUUUGGAGUACUAUUACAAGCAUUGUGCUGAUUUAGAGUUGUUCGAGAACGAUCGGUACAUUGGCACCAGCAAGCCAGCCUGUUACUGUUGUUCACUCUACUUGCGUGAGCAUCCAGCUGCUUUCGAGCAGUCAGCAAGUCAUCAGAGAAUAUAUCUGAACUGGUUGCCACCAGCGACUUCGGCUAGUGGCCCAGGUUCAGCAUGCCUGUUGGCUGCUCAUAGCCAGAAAAUGUUGAACAGGAUGACAGAACUCAUCCGAACGAGGACCAUUGAGCAAAUCAGAACUCAGAGCGGUCGACGACCCAAGAAUUUCGAUUCUACGACGGGUGAGACCAUUUCUACCCGCGCUAUUGCUGCUCUACAACGAUUUCAAGAGGUGCCGGAGCCUCAGGGUCGCGACUCCGACUCAAGUGACCACGACAGCACUCCCGAAGGAGACGAGGACGAGUUUAUGUCCGACCUCGCCAUACAAUUGGAACCGCCGUCCGACGAGAGGGACAGAGACAGCGACGAAGAUUCCGAAUUGACUGGAGGUGUUGAAUUGCUUUAAAUCUCGUAGCAGGCACUUUUGCUCCAAAUUGGAUCCGUCGUGUUUCCGGUCUAGAGCACAAGAUCCGUGGCACCUGAAGCGCUGGGAAAACCACUCGGAGUCCCUUGUCAAAUGUGUAUGCAAGCUGGUAUUAG